GGAUUUGGUGAUCCCCUGCUACUAAACACGGAAGCCUGUUAAGCGAAAGCUUCUUCUAUUCCGUUCACAACCAUUUGAACCAUUCUUAGAUUAGAUCGUUAUAUGGGCAUUGCAUAUUGGACAAAGUAUUGCAAAUCGUAUUGUGGUUUAUUUAAUGUUGUUAAAUAAUUAUCGCGUCAAUUCUGGUUUCAUGUCCUAGAUUAUUUUUUAAAAAAAUGGCUGUCAAGACUGAGCCUUUUCUUCUGGAACGAACUGUAUAUGUCGGCAUAGCUUUAAUUGUCCCAAGUUAUUCGAUUUAUAAGCUUUUUAUCUCUUCGAAAAGUCCAGGUGAAAUAUUUUUUCAAAUUAUAAUGACAAAUUCAGUGAAUCUAAAUUUAUUACGACUGAAAAAUGUUAGUUUAACUCAAAAUUUGGUGCUAAUGCAAGAUGCAGCUGAAUUUCAGUGGACGUUGCUUCCGUUGUGGAUGAGUUUUGUACCUUAUCUUUUACUCUAUUCGAUCGUAUCAUCAUUCGUUUUUGCGUUGGUGAACAAAAAAGUACUACAUGCUUGUUUCUAUUCAAUCAGUGUAGAUAUUCAAAUGUUGCCGAAUAAUAUUAUCAAUUUGGCUAAUAAAUUAUUUGGUGGGUUAUAAAAUCCUAAUGGACGUCUUUUUGAACAUAUUAUGCUUUUCAUGCAUAAGUUAUUUGGUCUCUGGAAAUUGGCUCUUGAUAUGGGCGUUUGCAGUUUUAGUGUUUCAAGCAUCUGAAUCCUUUGAAUCAUCGUUUAACUUUGGAUUGAUAUCAUACGACUGGUAUAUGAUCUUGUAUGCUGCGCAUUUUUAUAUAGUUCUACGCAGUUUAAGUGUGGCGUUAUCGUUCCAUAAAUGUUCGAACAAUUUUAAGUCAUCUUUUGUCAAAAAGACAGAAAAAGAGGAAUCAAUCAUUAACUGUGCCCCUAAAUCCUCACUAGAAAGUUUAUUGGAUGUAUUAGACUAUUCUUUAUACCCUCAUUCAUUGCUGUUAGGUCCACUCGUCUUGUAUUCAAAUUGGGUUAAUUUCUGGGAAAAUCUUGAUAGUUUACAUUCCAAUCAUCUGUCACCCAGUUUUAGAACAUUACUCGACACACUAAUAUCACUUGUUUCCAAAGCUAUCCGGUUGAUAUUCUGGAGCUCAUUUUGGUCAUUAUGCCUUUGUAUAGUUUAUCCGAAUUCAUUCGGUUAUUUGAUUUCUUAUGCACAAAUUAGUGAAUUAUCUAUACAAAAUAAAUCAAAUCAGUACUAUCUUAUUAUUGAUCGUGGUACAGUGGGUGCAAGUAUUUAUUUACGUAGUUUACAUUUAUUCAUUAUGUAUUUACAAUUUUAUGGAUGGCCAUACGUACUUUCAAAUUUCGAAUGCCUACUCAUAAAUUUGUUACAGAAAUUAUUGAAUAUUCUUCAAUCAUGUGGGCGAAACACCAAAGCUACUACUACUGUCACUGAUCAAACAAGAAAAUCUCAUAGUGACCCAAGCCUAAUUCAGGUUUCGUUCAUGCCUGAACCACCAGCAUGUCUCUUACAUUUCCUUCUGAUUUCUGAAUGUUGGCGGUCAUUCGAUCGCGGAUUGUACAAUUUCAUUAAAUCUUAUAUUUUUAUACCUGUUAUGAAGUUCAAUUUAUCGUCAAAUUAUAAACAUUCAUUACUAUUAAUUCCCUUUCCUAUCAUUAAAAAUUGGUUAGCGCUUACUUUAUCCUAUUCAUUUGUUCUUUUAUAUCAUGGAAUUGAUAAAACAAAUGCAAUUUGGUUAUCGACAAAUUUACUGCUUUUAUUUUCUGAACGUUCUGUGAAAUGGAUUUAUCGAUGUACUAAUCUUGGAUCAGAAAUUCGUCAUCAGUUGUCUGAUAGAUGGAUUCGACGUCUUUCACUGUUACUUUGUGCAACCAGUGGAAUUUUUUCAGUUUUGGGAAAUUUGCACUUCCUCUUCGGUUCGAAAGUUGCAAAUCAACUAGCUGUGUGGUUGAUAUAUGAUCCAACUCUACGUUUCACAGUAUUUGUGUAUUUCUAUUGCCAAAUGAAUUUUGUCACCGAUUUAAGAAGUCUAUUCCCAUCGAUCAGACCACAUUUUGAGAAAAAGAUUCAAUGAUAUACGAAAACAAUAAUGGCUAUAAAUGGAUUACUUGUAAGAUGAACGGAAAUGCAACAGUUAACGCCAAUAGUUUGUAUAUUAAAUCCUAAUUUUUUUUAAAAAUGGAUGAUUGAUCUAAA